CGCUGAUGCUGCCGCCUGUCGUAUUCAAGAUGUCUUCCAAACGAUAGGCUUAUGGCUUAGCUUGUUUUUAGAUCGUUUAUUUUAUUUACAUUUUUGGUUAAUUUUGCGUAUUAGAUGGAGAACGGUGGCUUAUCAUGAAACUCCGGACUCAGUAUGACAGGAGUGAUUCCAGAAGAACGUUGAAAUCGAGGGAAUCACCAACUGUGAUGCAACCUAACUCCAGCGAGGUAGGUGCCCAUCAGGCAGGAAAUGGCUUGUCCCUGACUAUACAGCCAGAGCUACUGACCAGGACACCAGCAGGGGCUACCGGGGGCUCUGUCAUCCCAGAGGCCAGUGAUGAAGUCCGGGUACCUAUUCUCUCCAGUGGGCCCGGGGAGCCCAGUGGAGGAGGAGGAGGGGCAUCAUCCCGUAGGUCCAGAGCCAGUUCCCGAACCAGUUCCCACUCCCAUUCACAUGGUGGGGGACACCAGCACUCUCACAGUGAGCCCAGUGAGACAGACCCAGCUGAUGCUGAUCUGGAGUCAGGGGAGCCCAGCACCUCGUUCUCAGAACUGCGCUACCUCUUCCGCUGGGUUCAGAAGAGUCUUCCUUUUAUAAUCAUCCUCGGUGCUAAACUAGUCAUCCAGCAUGCCCUAGGUCUAGCUGUUGGAGUUGGCUUGUUUACAACUUUUCUUUAUGCGAAUAAGAACAUUCAAACCCAAGUCUUUCUUCAGGAUCGUCGGUCAAAAAUAGAGUGCGUAUGGCUGCUCCUCUUCCUGGCGUCCUCCACACUUCUGCUUUACUACACAUUUCUCGCUGAGUCACUUUACUAUUGCCUAAUUUUCCUGAGCCCAGCUGUUGAACCCCUGGGUUUCUGGGAGGUCCUAUGGGCGGUGGGUGUCACCAACUUUAUGCUCAAGUUCUUCUUCAUGGGGUUCAAGUGCCUUAUCCUACUGCUACCAUCUAACCUGGUGACAUUCAGAGCCCAGGGGCGGUGGUACAUGCUGAUUGAAGAGGUGGGCCAGGUGUACCAGUCUGUGGCCCCCAUCCCCCUCUGGUUCCGCUACCUGAUCACCUACCAGGAGGUGGAUGGCAACACUGGCCUCACCCUGGGAGUCCUGCUGGCUCUGGUCUACUUCAUACUCAAGCUUUUAGGAUUGUAUGGACAGUGGGGGUCUUUCCAGAAAACUGUGAGGCUAUUUCUCAGUGGCGAGCACACGGGGGCAGCAGCCACCAGGAGCCAGUGCAGUGAGGCUGGGGACAUCUGUCCUAUCUGUCAGGCAGAAUACAGGAACCCUCGAGCCCUCCUGUGUCAGCAUAUUUUCUGUGACGAGUGCAUUGCUCUGUGGUUUAACCGGGAGAAGACGUGUCCACUCUGUCGCAUGGCCAUCACAGACAAGGUCCACAAGUGGAGGGACGGGGCCACCACACCUUACCUCCAGAUCUACUGACCGAAAGAGAUGAUGAAGGAAAGUGGAGAGCCUAUGACUUACGGACACUGUUUGCGAUGUGUGAAUGACAGUUGCAUUGACCGCAAUACUCCACUCCUCAUUGGCUUGUGAAGCUGAUGACCAUACUGUUCCUCCAUUCAUUAAGGGCUGUGCCCACUACUUGCCAACAUCAGUAAGGUCACAUAAAAUUUGUGAUUGGGAUGCAUUCAGCACCGUGGCAUGUUACUGCAACUCCCUCUCCGACCAUCACUUUUCUACACAACUGACUGAAGUUGGUUCUCUCUCUGCAUGGCCCCUUUUGCUGUUUUUAGUUGAUUUUAUUUUCAAACAUGUAUCUUUUCUUAUCAUGAUCUGAUUUAAUCAUGUUUUGUUUUGACGGCCAGCCUAGAAGAACAGAACAUUCCCUGACAGAGCUGUCAGGGAAUAGCCUGGUCCCAAAUCAGUUUGUGCUUUUUUGCCAGCUCCUACCUUUAUUGUCAAUGUCACAACAAUGACCAUAGAGGGCGGCAAGACAACACAAACAGAUCUGGCACCAGGCUAGUCAGGUAAUACCUGGAGGUUCCUUCUACUGGUAAAUAGGGGUGGGGUGAGGGAUAUUUAUAUUAUAGUAGUAUAACUAAAUGUACUCUCCUCGUUGGGAAGCAAUUACAAACACAAAGGUUGAUGAUAUUUAAAAGUUAUUCAUUUGGGGGGCUUCUUAUUUUCAGAUUAAGUCUGAUAUCUCUGCUUUUUAAGAUUUGUUUUCCAGAUGACAAAUAUGCAACACAACUGAUUGUUGUGGGAUUGGUUUGAUCCAUAAAUUAUUUUUCUAAAGUGA